UGAUUUGAUUCGUUCUAGGCCGUAAUCUGGUAAUGGGAAGCUCUGUCGCGGGUGCUUCCGAUUGCAUACCUCCCGACUACAAACUAUGCGGUUUCUUGCGCGCAGUUCUUAGGGUUAAAAUUAACCCUACCGACGACAUCGCCGAUAUCCUUCCUUUGGGCUCGCGUUGUCGGAUUGCCGGCGACACCGCCCAUGAUGCGCACUUUGUUGCAGAAAACGGCGUCGUCUUGUAUCCUAUCAGUAACUCCAACCGUGACGGUGUUGGAGCCGAUAGUCCGACGUACAUCUGUUCCAAUGCGCCCUCAGCCUCGAAGAAAAAGUAUAGGAAGACGUAUAAGAAGAAGAAUAAGAAGAGUGUCGCAUUUGCCGUCAAUGGCGCUUCCACUUUGAAGAUGAAUAACAAGUGGAGCAGAAUCGGUAUGGUCCAUGGGAGCAUGAGCGUGGUCCAUCAGCUCCAUGCGCUGAUCACUCAUAAGUGUUUGAGGAUUAAUUCCAUGGUGGUGUCGCUCGCGGCUCAGGAUGGGGAGGUCAGGUCUGUUCUGCUUGUUGAUGUCUACCUGCCAGUGGCAUUGUGGUCAGGUUGGCGUUUCCCUAGGUCCGCCUCUGCUGCUGCUGCACUAUUCCGCCAUGUCAGUUGUGAUUGGAAAGCCAGAAGUUCAAUACUCAAUUUUACCAAACUAGGUGAUGAAGAUAGUAGCAUUUGGAAUCUUUUUGACUGCAAUGCUCUUAGAUGCGAGCAUCAUUGCAGUGCCCCUGACCCAUCCAGGAAAAAGAUCUUUGAGCUUCAUGAAAUAUUUAAGAGCUUGCCUAGCAUAGUAAAGAAGGUUGAUCCGAUAUACUCAAGAAUAAAUGCUUCCGAUCCAAGCAGACCUGGUAUCUGGCUCGUAUCCGAUGAUUUAUUGGUCAAUAUUCUUUGUUCCCUUAAUCCCAUUGACCUUGUCCGGGUUUCUGCAACAUGUCGCCAUUUAAGAUUUUUGACUGAAGCCAUCAUGCCUUGUAUGAAAUUGAAGCUGUAUCCUCAUCAACAAGCUGCAGUUGAGUGGAUGUUACGGCGUGAGAGGGAUGCUGGACCCUUGCAGCAUCCCCUGUAUAUGAAUUUUGUUACUGAAGACGGAUUUUCUUUUUAUCUAAAUGUGGUUUCUGGUGAAGUUGUAACAGAAGCUGCUCCUAUUGUUAGGGAUUUUCGUGGAGGAAUGUUUUGUGAUGAGCCUGGACUUGGUAAAACUAUUACUGUUCUUUCACUCAUUCUAAAGACACAAGGAACAUUGGCUGAGCCACCAGAUGGUGCACAAGUGAUCUGGUGCACACAUAAUGCAUAUCAGAGGUGUGGUUAUUAUGAGCUGAAGAGUGAAAGUGAUGCGGUACUAUCACCAGCUAAUAGGCUUAUGGGGCAAAAAGCUAGGCGAGGAAUAUUUUCUCCGGAUAAAUUGCGGACAAUAGGAAGCUUGCCUUUAAAGACUGCCUUUUCUGAUCCAGCUAAGUGUGUAAUAGGCUCAGGAAUCGACUUACAGGCAGAUACAUUCUCCACACCUCCUGCAUGUGCUACUCGAUGUACCAGAAGCUGGAGCCAAGUGAACAGGAAUCUUUUGAAUGCUUAUCAAGAUUUAUCUGUAUACCAGGAAGAGGAAAGUCCAAGUAAACACAUUAAGAAGAGAAAAAAUGUUUCAAAUGGUCAGAAACAGAAUAGUCAAACACAUGAAUUGUCCUCUACUGGAAGGAGGCUUAAGAAGUUCAAUGCAAAUAACCUUGAAUACGAUGAAACUUGGGUCCAGUGUGAUGCUUGUCGCAGGUGGCGGAGACUUGAUGAUGUGUUAACAAUGGAUUCAAGCCGAGCAUGGUUUUGCAGUAUGAACACUGAUCCUUUAUUUCAGACUUGUAGUGCUCCAGAAGAAUCUUGGGAUUCUAAACAGCCCGUAACCUCCCUUCCGGGAUUCCAUACUAGGGGAGUUCCUGGAUGUACGGAAGAAAAUGUUUCCUUUUUCGUUAAUGUGCUAAAAGAUCAUUAUACAUUGAUUGAUCCAGAAACAAAAAAGGCACUUACUUGGCUGGCUACACUGUCAGCUGAAAAGCUUUCAGAAAUGGAAACAGCUGGAUUGGUUCAUUCUGCUAUAGAUACAGGAGGUUCUCACCCGUUCAUCAGAAUAUUUCGAGCCUUUGGUCUGAUUAAGAGGGAAGAAAAGGGAAUUACUAGAUGGUUCUACCCAAGAGCACUUGUCAACUUGGUAUUUGAUUUGGAUGCACUCAGAACUGCCCUCUGUAGGCCUUUAAAUUCGAUUAGGCUGUAUCUAUCGCGAGCAACUUUAGUCGUUGCUCCUUCAAAUCUAGUAGACCAUUGGAAAACUCAGAUUGAGAAACAUGUUAGACCUGGUCAGCUGCGUGUUUUUGCGUGGACUGAUCACAACAGGCCUUCUGUACACAAUCUUGCUUGGGAUUAUGAUGUUGUUAUUACUACCUUUAGUCGUCUAAGUGUUGAGUGGAGUCCCACAAAGAGAAGUGUUUUGAUGCAAGUUCAUUGGCUACGAAUAGUAUUAGAUGAAGGUCAUACACUCGGGUCGAGUUUGAGUUUGACAAAUAAGUUGCAAAUGUUAGUUGCUCUAAGGGCUGCGAAUCGUUGGCUAUUAACAGGCACACCAACUCCCAACACCCCAAACAGCCAGCUUUCUCAUCUGCAUCCAAUGCUAAAGUUUCUUCAGGAUGAAGCUUAUGGUCAUAAUCAGAAAUCAUGGGAAACUGGCAUUCUUAUGCCAUUUGAGGCAGAGAUGGAGGAAGGCAGGACACGCUUGUUACAAUUACUGCACAGAUGCAUGAUUAGUGCCAGGAAGAAAGAUUUGCUAGUCAUCCCUCCCUGUAUCAAGAAAGUGAUGCUCUUGAGUUUUACUCAAGAUCAUGCAAGAAGUUACAAUGAACUUGUGGAGACGGUAAGGAGGAAUACAUUACUGGCAGACUGGAAUGAUCCUUCUCAUGUUGAGAGUUUACUGAAUCCAAAGCAGUGGAAAUUCCGCAGUGCUACCAUAAGAAAUGUGAGACUUUCUUGUUGUGUGGCUGGACACAUUAGAGUAACAGAUGCCAGUCAAGAUAUUCAGGAAACUAUGGAUAUUUUAGUCAGUAAUGGUUUGGAUCCCGUUUCAGAGGAGUAUGCCUUAGUAAAAUCUAACCUUCAAUUUGGUUGUAACUGUAUGAGGUGCAACGUAUGGUGCCGUUUGCCUGUCAUUACACCAUGCAGACACCUGUUGUGUCUGGACUGUGUUUCUCUGGACAGUGAAAAGUGUACAUUUCCUGGAUGUAGUAAUCUAUAUGAGAUGCAGAGUCCUGAAAUACUAACCCGUCCUGAAAAUCCUAAUCCAAAGUGGCCUGUCCCAAAGGAUCUUAUUGAGCUACAACCUUCUUAUAAGCAGGACAAUUGGAAUCCGGAUUGGCAGUCAACUUCUAGUAGCAAAGCAGCGUAUCUUGUACAUAAAUUAGAGGAACUUCAAGAAGCUAAUAGGCUACUUGUGCAGACUAUUGAGGAUGAAGGUGUCAAUAGUGUUUAUAAACUUCAUGUCCCAUUUUCGCAAAACAUCAGAAUGACUUCGCAUGGGCAAAAGAGUGAUUUUCUCACGGCUCUUCCAGAGAAAGCCAUUAUAUUUUCUCAAUUUCUUGAGCAUAUACAUGUGAUCGAACAACAGCUAACAAUCGCUGGUAUUCAGUUCGCGAGUAUGUAUAGUCCAAUGCAUUCUUCCAACAAGAUAAAAUCAUUGGCCACUUUUCAACAUGAUCCGAACUGUUUGGCUCUUCUGAUGGAUGGAAGUGCAGCUUUAGGUCUUGAUCUAAGUUUUGUAUCACAUGUUUAUGUGAUGGAACCAAUAUGGGACAAGAGUAUGGAAGAGCAGGUGAUUAGUCGAGCUCAUAGGAUGGGUGCAACACGCCCUAUUUAUGUGGAAACUUUGACAAUGCGUGGUUCAAUUGAAGAACAAAUGCUCAAUUUCUUGGAGGAUCCUGAUGAAUGUAGAAGCCUACUGAAUGAAGUGCACGAUAAACAGGGCCGUGAUGGAUCACGGCUUCAUCGCACAGUUCAUGACUUCGCUGAAAACAAUUAUCUAGCUCAGCUGAGCUUCGUUCGGACUUCCUCUGCAACAUAGCAUUAGCAUAUUUAUUACUACGUGUGUUUCUGGAGAUUCCAUAAUGGAGUUGAUGGUCAGGAUUUAUUUUUUAUUCACUCUAACUGCUUUUGUGCACACAUUUGUAUAUAAUUGGGCUACUAAAUGUGCCAUUGUAGUUUUGUUGAUGGAUUGGAUGUACUCCGUAUAUCAAUUCAUUUUAGUUCAGUUCUAAUAGUAAUAUCAUUUCAAAACUUACGUAGACCCUUAUUAAUUUCAGAUGUGAAACAAAG